AUGGCUCAUCCUACUCAGAACAAGCAAUGGCUCACCAACCAGGAUGGUUUGGAUAAGCUCCACAGAGGCGAGGCUUCCGUUCCUCAGCCUGGAGAAAAGGAGGUCCUGGUCAGAAUCCAGGCCGUAUCAUUGAAUUAUCGCGAUACCGAGGUCGCAAAUGGCCUCUACAACCACCACAAAAGUCUGGACGAGAACAACAAAUCACUCGUCCUGGCGUCCGAUAUGUGCGGCACCAUUGUGAAAGCUGGGCCUGGCGCAUCUCUGAAAGAAGGUCAGAGAGUCUUGUCCAUCUUCCUCCAGACCCACCAGACCGGCCAGGUUCAGGAAAGCGAUAUGGCUUCUGGAAUGGGCCUGCCUCUGGAGGGCGUUCUCCAAGAGUACCGUGUCUUCCCCGACACUGCUCUUGUCACCGUGCCCGACUACAUGACCAACGAGGAGGCUGCAACUCUGCCAAUUGCCGGCACCACUGCCUUCAUGGCUAUGAACUGGAUGCAGCCAAUGGGAAAGCCCAUCACCAACCCCGAGACAACUGUCUUGUUCCAGGGUACUGGAGGUGUGUCUAUUUGUGGUUUGCAAAUCGCCAAGGCGUGCGGAUUGAAGGCCAUCGUGACUUCGUCCUCGGAUGAGAAGCUCGAGAGGGCCCGCCAGCUUGGAGCCGAUUACACCAUCAACUACAAGAAGUUCCCCAACUGGUCUGAGAAGGCCAUGGAGUUCACCAAGGGUAAGGGUGUCGACAUUAUUCUUGAAUGUGGUGGUGCCCAGACCGUACGCCAGAGCUUCGACUCUAUCGCAUUCGGAGGCCUGAUCUCGAGCAUCGGCUACCUCUCCGGUAAGCAAGAUACAGAGAGCGAUGCCCUCAACAUCAACGUCCUAGCCUUGAGGCGCAAUGUCACUCUCAAGGGUCAUAUCAACGGCCCAAAGGACAGAUUCGAAGAGAUGCUGCAACUAUACGCACAGAAGCAGAUUCACCCUGUCGUGGACAAGGUAUUCAGCUUCGACGAGGCAAAGGACGCUAUGCAGUACCUCGCCAAGGGCGGUCAUUUCGGCAAGGUCGUCAUCAAGGUCGCAUAA